AUGUUGUUUCGCGAAUUUUUAUUACCGAGUGAUACUAUUUUGAUUUUAUCAAUUUUUCUUCAACCGCACAUUCAUUCUAUACUUUACAAAAGUUCGGACGUUCAUUUUAAUUGCUCAAGCUUAUUUCACCGAACUGUUUACGAAAGCUAUUUGCUUACAGAAGGUGAUGGACUUAUUUUAAGUUGCAAUGUAUGUUCCGAAUGCUUCAAAGGUAAAGAAAUGUGCGAGCUUGGCGUUGUCAAAAGUGGUUUGUUGAUCCCGAGGGUGGAAACAACUAGUAUUCAAAGUCAUUAUGCCAGUGAUACUAAUUUAUUUGUAGCUCCGUAUCCUACCUCACUGGAACGUAUUCGUCUACGGUUACGCAAACGAAUUUCGCAAAACAUCUCUUCGCUUUUAAGUGCUCUUCCUCUGCUAUAUGAUGAUGGUCACUUGAAAGCAGAAGUUACCAAAGAGGCUAACUUAAAAGCACGAAAUUUGUCAUCAUUGUAUUUUACGGUUACUAAGCCUGGUCAACCGACAAGCGUGAUAAAAACAAGUACAACAAGUACUUAUAUUAGUGAAACUAUCCUUCGCAUAAAAAAUGCAAAAUUUGAGCACACAGGAAUCUACAGGUGCAUUUUCAAAGGAGAAGUAAUUAGAGCAUGGUCUGUAACAGUGUUAAAACCUGGAGACGAACCAUUUCGAAAUCUGUUUUCACGGCUGAAAAUUAUCCAAGAGAAACCGGAACUAAUUUCAGGAAAUACAUCUAAUGGUGAUGAUGACGACUUAAAAUCCUUAGUUACACAACAUUUGAUCAAAAAUAACUUGAAACUACAUACAUACUGGAAUUCAUGGUCAGAGUGUGUGCCAUGCACCCCAAAAGAAAACUCUUCAUUUACUAAAGGUGGCAUGCAAAUAAGAAUUGGUAUUUGUCACGUCACACCCAUCGAUCGAUUCCACUCAAUCAAACCACAUAUGUUGGCUGUUGAAACUGAAGAAGUUUUAAAACUGUUCAGUGGACCAGGUUUGCCUUGCCGUUCUCACUUAAUUAGGAGUUCGAUGUUGAAAUACGGACCAAAGGAAAUUAAGUUAAGACCGAGUGAACUAAUGAUAAGAUCAUGUAUAAGGGAAUGUUCAGGUUUUAACAAUAUUACUACAUUGUCCAAAUCACCUUUGAAUCAACUGUCACGUCUUCCUAAACGAAUCGCGAUACAAGUAAAUGAAGGUGAACCCCUCAUAAUCACAUGCCCAAUAAGGAAUUCAGUAGAAAAACCAGUAACGUGGUUCUAUGCACCAGAUAAUUUUGAUGAGCUAAUGAAGUUAAUUAAAACUGCAUAUAAUUUCACUACUAUUAUUCAAUACAAAACACCAUUACGAUAUCUAAUUACUACAUUAAAACAAGUCAAUUUUACAACAUUAAUACGUGAAACACGUGGACGAUAUAGAAUUGAUCCAGCUUAUAAUAUUAUCGUAGCUGAGACCGUAUCAUUGAACAAGACACAGUAUAAAGAAUUACAUAGUUUAAUAUGCAUCCAUGGUGAUGCGUACUCGAUUCCCAAUGGUUCAGAUAUUUAUCCUGAUUGGUCAGGUAUAAUUUAUAUAGAUGUUUUGCCACAAAGUUCUUUAG